GUUGAUGCUGAGAGAGGAGGCUCCCAGCGCUCCUCCUAAGAACAUGGUGGCGUCGGGUCGUACCAACCAGUCUAUCAUGGUCCAGUGGCAGCCUCCCCCAGAACCACAGCACAAUGGACUGCUCCGAGGAUACGUCCUCAGGUAUCGUCUGGCAGGUCUACCAGGAGAGUACCAAGAGAAGAAUAUCUCUAGUCCAGAGACGAACUACUGUCUCCUAUCAGACCUCAUAAUCUGGACUCAGUAUCAGAUACAACUGGCUGCCUACACUGCUGCAGGCCUGGGGGAGUACAGUACUGCUGUUACUGAGUACACACUACAGGGAGUCCCCACAGCGCCCCCGCAGGCUGUAGAGGUAACAGCAGUCAGCUCCUCCGCUAUCAGAUUCACCUGGAACCCUCCGCCUCAGCAGUUCAUCAACGGGAUCAACCAGGGAUACAAGUUGCUAGUCUGGCCAGAGCACUCCCCCGAGGCUGUAACCAUAGUGACCAUCACCCCCGACUACCCCGGUUCCCGCCUCACCGGAUUGGUUGUUGGACUAAGGAAGUUCACCUGGUAUCUAGGCUCCACCCUCUGCUUCACUACGCCCGGCGAUGGACCCAAGAGCCCUCCCAUACUACUACAGACACACGAAGACACUCCAGGUCCGGUGGGUCACUUGAGCUUCACUGAGAUCCUGGACACGUCUCUGAGGGUGAGCUGGGCAGAGCCUAAAGACAAGAACGGCAUCAUCACAGGUUAUGUGAUAUUGUGGUGUGUUUCUGGGUCAGCAACGGGGUCAGGGUCAGGGUCGGAGGGCAAUGCAUCCUGUGAGGAGCGAGCUCUCUCUAACUCUACCCUGCAAUACAAGGUCACCAGCUUGACCUCUAUGACAUCAUACGCCCUGGAGGUCGCCGCCAUGACAGCGGCAGGAAGAGGCGUGGCCACCACCUCCACCAUCUCCUCUGGAGUUCCACCAGAGCUUCCUGGUGUGCCCUCUAACCUGGUCAUCUCCAACAUCAGCCCUCGCUCCGCCACUCUAAGGUUCCGCCCCGGCAGCGAUGGGAAGACGGUCAUCUCCAAAUGGAUCGUAGAAGGACAGGUGGUGAGAGAGAGGGAUGGGAAGGAGGAGGAGUGGAGAGUCGUGUAUGAGAGAGAGAACAGAGAGAAGCAGCCUGAUGUCGACUCAAUGGAAAUACCAGACCUCCUCCCCUUCACACUGUACAGGUUCCGAUUGCGCCAGGAGAACAUUGUGGGCUCCAGUCCCUUUAGCACCCCCUCCAGGAUGAUUCAGACACUGCAGUCGGCCCCCGACACACCCCCUAACAACCUCACCCUGGUUACAGCCACACAGACCAGCCUCACACUACGCUGGGCGCCGUUGCCGGUUUCUGAGUAUAAUGGUAGUCCAGAGACGGUGGGUUACCGGGUGUGUGUCCGGCGGGCAGACGGCCGGGGAGAGGAGAGGAUGGAGGAGGUGGCGGAGGUCAGAGGACAGGGGUCAGGGGUUAGUGGUCAGCAAAGCGAGACGAUGCUGGAGGGCCUGGCUGAAUGGACGGACUACCAGUUGAAGAUACAAGCCUUUAACUCGAUCGGAGCCGGACCAUGGAGUAACACACUGACCACACACACCAAGGAGUCAGUGCCGUCUGGCUGUCCAGUGAAUGUGAGUGUGGAGGCGGUGAGUUCUACCAGGAUUUUGGUCACAUGGUCUCCUGUUCCCGAGAUGCAGAGAAACGGACCCAUCCUAGGUUACAAGGUACACACACACACACACACACACACACACACACACGCACACACACACACACACACAGACACACACACACACACACACACAAAAUCUUCGGUUACACAAUAUAUGCCACAGCACCACAGAGAACCACCCUGUCCCAUCAUACCAGAAGACAGACAGAGAACUACCCUGUCCCAUCAUACCAGAAGACAGACAGAGAACUACCCUGUCCCAUCAUACCAGAAGACAGACAGAGAACUACCCUGUCCCAUCAUACCAGAAGACACAGAGAACUACCCUGUCCCACCAUACCAGAAGACAGACAGAGAACUACCCUGUCCCAUCAUACCAGAAGACAGACAGAGAACUACCCUGUCCCAUCAUACCAGAGGACAGACAGAGAACUACCCUGUCCCAUCAUACCAGAAGACAGACAGAGAACUACCUUGUCCCAUCAUACCAGAAGACAGACAGAGAACUACCCUGUCCCAUCAUACCAGAAGACACAGAGAACUACCCUGUCCCACCAUACCAGAAGACAGACAGAGAACUACCCUGUCCCAUCAUACCAGAAGACACAGAGAACUACCCUGUCCCAUCAUACCAGAAGACAGACAGAGAACUACCCUGUCCCAUCAUACCAGAAGACAGACAGAGAACCACCCUGUCCCAUCAUACCAGAAGACACAGAGAACUACCCUGACCCAUCAUACCAGAAGACAGACAGAGAACUACCCUGUCCCACCAUACCAGAAGACAGACAGAGAACUACCCUGUCCCAUCAUACCAGAAGACACAGAGAACUACCCUGUCCCAUCAUACCAGAAGACACAGAGAACUACCCUGUCCCAUCAUACCAGAAGACACAGAGAACUACCCUGUCCCAUCAUACCAGAAGACUGACAGAGAACUACCCUGUCCCAUCAUACCAGAAGACACAGAGAACUACCCUGUCCCAUCAUACCAGAAGACAGACAGAGAACUACCCUGUCCCAUCAUACCAGAAGACACAGAGAACUACCCUGUCCCAUCAUACCAGAAGACAGACAGAGAACUACCCUGUCCCAUCAUACCAGAAGACACAGAGAACUACCCUGUCCCAUCAUACCAGAAGACACAGAGAACUACCCUGUCCCAUCAUACCAGAAGACAGACAGAGAACUACCCUGUCCCAUCAUACCAGAAGACAGACAGAGAACCACCCUGUCCCACCAUACCAGAAGACAGACAGAGAACUACCCUGUCCCAUCAUACCAGAAGACAGACAGAGAACUACCCUGUCCCAUCAUACCAGAAGACACAGAGAACUACCCUGUCCCAUCAUACCAGAAGACACAGAGAAUUACCCUGUCCCACCAUACCAGAAGACAGACAGAGAACUACCCUGACCCAUCAUACCAGAAGACACAGAGAAUUACCCUGUCCCACCAUACCAGAAGACAGACAGAGAACUACCCUGUCCCAUCAUACCAGAAGACACAGAGAAUUACCCUGUCCCAUCAUACCAGAAGACAGACGGAGAACUACCCUGUCCCACCAUACCAGAAGACAG